AUGGCCUGUUGGUUGAGAAGGGGUUCUCUGCCUUUUGUUGAGGACUCAGUUACAGAUAAAUCUGGAAGAGAAAUGCAGAUGGGAAUUGGCAGAAGUUACGGACAUGGGGAGAGGAAGCUGCUCAUUAGAAAUGCAGUGACCUAUGAUGAUGUGUGUGUAAACUUCACUCCGGAAGAGUGGACUUUACUGGAUCCUUCACAGAAGAGUCUCUACAGAGAUGUGAUGCUGGAGAACUACAGGAAUCUCACUGCUAUAGGCUACAGUUGGGAAGAUGACAAUAUCAAAGACUAUUUUCAAAGUUCUAGAAGACAUGGAAGGUAA